AUGCUGCGGCGACUCUCACGACGAUUUGCACCCCGUGCGAAGCACCACGAGGAGCUGGUGCGCAUGUGGCGUGAGCGGCCGCAGCCUGCGGGGCAGGCGAAGGAGGGCAGCGGCCUGCAAUUCCGUGACACGCGGCCGACGCCGGUGAACGAGCCUGACGACGCAAAGCGUCGCCGCCUGCUAUAUCAGUCCAGCUACCGUGGCAUGGUCGAGAUGGACAUCAUUCUCGGCGUCUUCGCGCGCCAGAACCUCGACACGAUGACACACGCGCAGCUGGAGGAGUACGAUGCACUGCUGCGCCAGUUCGACAACGACCUAUUCAAAUGGCUUGUGAUGGGAGAGGCACCACCCGCGGCUGUGGCGGAGAUGCCGACGUUUGCAGCGCUGCAAGACUUUGUGCAAGAUGAGAAGCUGCGGCUGCUCGGGCAGGCCGUGUAA